AUGUACGAGGGGUCACUGGGCGGGAACUCGUCUCAUAGCAGCUUCCUGUUCGGAGGCUUCCCGGCGCUGCAGGACCACUGGCGUCUGCUGGCGCUGGCGCUGACCGCCUGCUACGUGACGCUUCUGAUGGGAAACUCUGCGCUGCUGUACGUGAUAGGCAGCGUGGCGAGCCUGCACAGCCCCAUGUACCUGCUGAUCGGCUCGCUGUGCGCCGUGGACGUCCUGGUGGGGACGACCAUCAUCCCCACCACAUUACUCAGCCUGCUGUUCGGCUGGGACCGCAUCUCUCUGACGGGCUGUCUGACGCAGAUGUUCUUCACCCACUUCCUGUCCUCGCUGGAGUCCACGCUGCUGCUGGCGAUGGCGCUGGACCGCUACGUGGCCAUCUGCCUGCCCCUGCGCUACAAAAAGAUCAUGAACACCUCAGUGUUCGCCAAGCUGCUGCUGUUCGCGUUGUUGCGCAGCGGCUCCGUCAUGGUGACGCUGGUGGGGUUGGCUGGGUCGCUGUGGUUCUGCAGCUCCAACACCAUCCGGCACUGUUACUGCGACCACAUGGCACUGGUCAGCCUGGCGUGCGGCGACACCGAGAGGAACCGGGUGGCCGGCCUCGCCGUCAUCAUCUGCUUCGUGGGCGUGGACACCCCGGUCAUUUUCUUCUCCUACGUGAAGAUCCUGAGCGUCGUCCUGCGGGCGUCGGUGUCCGGCGAGGAGCGCUGGAAGGCGUUCCACACCUGCGGGACGCACCUGAUGGUGAUGAUCUGCUUCUACCUGGUCGGCAGCGUCUCCUUCCUGUCACCCAGCCUCGACAUCCCCACUGACGCCCACACCUUCAUGGGCCUAAUGUACAUCCUGCUGCCGGCCACCGUAAACCCCAUCAUCUAUGGAGUUCGCACCAAGGAGAUCCGGAACGGCUUUCUGAAGAUCUUUAAGGUCAGAGCGAAGAAACACAUGUCGGUGAAGGUGUGUCCGGCCGGGAAGGGAAAAACUUCCACCUCAAUGUAAAUUUCUGAUGGACCGGCAUGUUGGUCUGACUGGAGAAAUUAGGUUGAGUAAACUUUGGGAGUGAGGUCAAUGGUUUUCUGAAUGUGUUUUUGGUUUUAGCCUGAAUAAGGUCUGUCGUUAACGCCAGCCGGAGAGACUUUAAUUCCACCAAACGACUUCAGAAGUCACAAGGUGGUUUUAAUACGUGGAGAUUGUCCUGCGAGUUAAACAUUUAAGAAAUGUUGAGAUCACUUUCUGCAACAAUCCGAAAUCACAGGGAGAAAUCCCAUUGGACCAGGGAAUGAUGCCUUCAGGGACCAACACUCUUUAACAGCCAAAUUAAAAAUGAAGUUCUGAAUUUUCAUGUCUUCUUUGUGCUUGCUUUUGACCUCCGGGUAUUAAACAGUAGGACUAUUUUUGCUUUUGCGACAAAAUGGAAAUUGUAAUUAUGUUAAUCUGUCGAGAUAAAUAAAAAUAUGAGUU